AUGCCGUUGGGUGCCUCGCGCCGGGGGCUGUUGGGAGGGAGCGCGCCCCCGCCCCCCCUCCCACGCCCCCACUCCUCUCCCGCCGCUGCCGGGGCCCCGUCUUCCCGUCGGCCCCCGCGGGAAGGCCCUAGGUCUCUCCCGCUCAUUCCCCGGGUCGGGGCCGCAGGUGUGAUGGUCGGCUCCCACGCGGACAUGGCGCCCGCCUCCACCUCCGAGGGGCCGGCGGAGAAGCCGGGCCCCGCGGCCCCCGCCCCGACGGCCCAGUACGAGUGCGGGGAGUGCGGCAAGUCGUUCCGGUGGUCGUCCCGGCUCCUCCACCACCAGCGCACGCACACCGGCGAGCGGCCCUACAAGUGCCCCGAGUGCCCCAAGGCCUUCAAGGGCUCCUCGGCCCUGCUCUACCACCAGCGGGGCCACACGGGCGAGCGGCCCUACCAGUGCCCCGACUGCCCCAAGGCCUUCAAGCGCUCGUCGCUGCUGCAGAUCCACCGCAGCGUGCACACCGGCCUGCGGGCCUUCACCUGCGGCCAGUGCGGCCUGGCCUUCAAGUGGUCGUCGCACUACCAGUACCACCUGCGGCAGCACACGGGCGAGCGGCCCUACCCGUGCCCCGACUGCCCCAAGGCCUUCAAGAACUCGUCCAGCCUGCGGCGCCACCGGCACGUGCACACGGGCGAGCGGCCCUACACCUGCGGCGUCUGCGGCAAGAGCUUCACCCAGAGCACCAACCUGCGGCAGCACCAGCGCGUGCACACGGGCGAGCGGCCCUUCCGCUGCCCGCUCUGCCCCAAGACCUUCACGCACUCGUCCAACCUGCUGCUGCACCAGCGCACCCACGGGGCGGCCGCCGCCGCCGCCGCCGCCGCCGCCGCCGCCGCCGCCGCCCCUGCCCCGCCGCAGCACGAGCCCGGCGCCAAGGUCUUGGUGUCCGACGCCUACCUGCACGCGCCCGCGCCGCCCCCGCCCCCCGCGCCCCCGCCCGUGGUGCCCGAGCUCUUCCUGGCCGCGGCAGAGACCACGGUGGAGCUGGUGUACCGCUGCGACGGCUGCGAGCUGGGCUUCGGCAGCGAGGAGCUGCUCUUGGAGCACCAGCCCUGCCCGGGGCCUGAGGCGGCGACACCGCCCCAGGACGGGCAGGCCACCGCGGCGCCCAAGGCGGACGCUGCCCCGCCGCCCUCGCGGUCCCCGCCGGCCCCUCCGCCGCAGCCCCCGCCUGCCGCCGCCGCCCCGGGCUUCGCCUGCCUCCCGUGCGGGAAGUCCUUCCGGACGGUGGCCGGCCUCUCCCGCCACCAGCACAGCCACGGGGCGGCCGGUGGGCAGGCGUUCCGCUGCGGCAGCUGCGACGGCGCCUUCCCGCAGCUGGCCAGCCUCCUGGCGCACCAGCAGUGCCACGUGGAAGAGGCGGCCGCGGGGCGCCCGCCCCCCCAGGCGGAGGCCGCCGAGGUCACCUGCCCCCAGGAGCCCUUGGCCCCGGCCGCUGCCGCCGCCGCCGCCGCCCCUGCCGCGCCGGCGCCCGCGCCCGCGCCCGCUCCGGCUUGUGCCGAGCGGCCCUACAAAUGCGCCGAGUGCGGCAAGGCCUUCAAGGGCUCCUCGGGGCUGCGCUACCACCUCCGGGACCACACGGGCGAGCGGCCCUACCAGUGUGGCGAGUGCGGCAAGGCCUUCAAGCGCUCGUCGCUGCUCGCCAUCCACCAGCGCGUGCACACCGGCCUGCGGGCCUUCACCUGCGGCCAGUGCGGCCUCACCUUCAAGUGGUCGUCGCACUACCAGUACCACCUGCGGCUGCACUCGGGCGAGCGGCCGUACGCCUGCGGGGAGUGCGGCAAGGCCUUCCGCAACACGUCGUGCCUGCGGCGCCACCGGCACGUGCACACGGGCGAGCGGCCGCACGCCUGCGGCGUCUGCGGCAAGAGCUUCGCGCAGACCUCCAACCUGCGGCAGCACCAGCGCGUGCACACGGGCGAGCGGCCCUUCCGCUGCCCGCUCUGCCCCAAGACCUUCACGCACUCGUCCAACCUGCUGCUGCACCAGCGCACCCACUCGGCCGAGCGCCCCUUCGCCUGCCCCAUCUGCGGCCGCAGCUUUGUCAUGGCCGCCUACCUGCAGCGGCACCUGAGGACGCACGCCCCGGCCCCCGCGGCCCCCGCCGCCGGCUCGCAGCCCCCCGCCCCGCCGGCCGCCGCUCCGGCCCCGUCUGCCACCCAAGACGUCCACGUUCUCCCCCACCUCCAGGCCACGCUCUCCCUCGAGGUGGCCGGGGGCCCGGCCCAGGCCCCGCCCCCGGGUCAGGCAGCCCCCAACUCCCAGACGUUUCUCCUGGUGCAGACCGCCCAGGGCCUCCAGCUCAUCCCCAGCAGCGUCCAGCCCCCCGCGCCCCCGCCCCCACCCGCUCCCGCCAAGCUCAUCCUGCUGCCCUCCUCGGGCACUGCGGCGGGGAGCAGCCGUGGCAGGCAGGGCCCACGGGCAGCUGGGAAAUCUGGGCAGGGGCCCGGAGUCGUAUGGCUGCCAGGUCCUGGGGGACUAGGGGUUCAGGGAGGGGGCAACGCAGGGGCCAGUGGGGGAGGGCAGAGCCUCAUCGUCCUGCAGAAUGUGGGGGGUGGGGAGGCAGGGGCACAGGAAGUGAGCGGGGUCCAGCUCCAGCCCCUCCGGCCAGCCCCGGAAGUGACCACGGUCCAGCUCCAGCCGGCCCAGGAGGUGACCACCGUCCAGCUCCAGCCGGCCCAGGAGGUGACGACGGUCCAGCUCCAGCCUGUGGCAGGCCAGCUGUCCAAUCCCAGCGGGGCAGCUGUGACCACGGAGGCCCCCAAUCUGCUGGUGGUUCAGAGCGGUGCGGCCGAGGAUUUGCUGGCCGGUCCCGGCCCUGGGGAGCCAGGUGACGGUGAGGCCGGUACUGGUGUCGUCCAGGACGUGCUCUUUGAGACGCUACAGACGGACGAGGGCUUGCAGAGCGUCCUGGUGCUGAGCGGGGCAGAUGGGGAGCAGACCCAGCUGUGUGUGCAGGAGGUCGAGACGCUACCCCCUGGGCUGGCCGAGCCACCUGCCCCUGGUCCGCCGGGACAGAAACUGCUCAUCAUCCGCAGUGCUCCCGCCGCUGAACUGCUGGAGAAUAGCAGUGGUGGGGGAGGCGGUGCCACGCUGCAACUGCUGGCCCCACCCCCACCUGGCCAAGCCUCUGUCCCAGUGGGCAUCUCCACGGCUCCCGCCUCCCAGAUGGUACAAGUGGUACCCACCGCCACUGCACCUGGGGGCAUGGCCCCGCAGGCCCUCCCCUCCAUCCAGAUUGUCCAGACUCUGCCCGCAGUCCAGCUGGUGCACACGUUUUGAGUAGAACCACUGGUAUCUCUUCUUGCCCCACACAGAGACCCGGACUCACUGCUUGGGCUGGGCUGGGGGGAGGGGAGCUGCAGGCUGGGCUUGCUAAUAAAGACCAGAAUCUCC